CACACAGGAAGUAUAAUGAAACUUGUAUUUUCUCCACGUACUCCUGUGUCUUCAACAGCUGGGAAAGAGGCUGACCUUCAGCACUCCCUCUGCAGGGGAUCUGCCAUUGCAAAAAUUAUAGGUCAAAAUAUCCAGAAAUCCAUGAAGUUUGAUCCCAUCAUAAAGAUGUGGAUAUUUGAAGAGACAGUCAAUGGACGGAAACUCAGUGACCUUAUUAACCAAGACCAUGAAAAUGUGAAGUAUCUCCCAGGCCAUAAGUUACCUCACAAUGUGGUUGCCAUACCUAAUGUGCGAGAUGCAGCAAAUGGAGCAGAUAUCCUCAUUUUUGUUAUACCUCAUCAAUUCAUCCCUAAAAUUUGUGAUGAUCUUAAAGGUCAUGUAAAAACAGGAGCCAUUGGGAUUUCACUCAUUAAGGGUAUAGAAGAAACCCCAGAUGGACUGAAACUCAUAUCGGACAUUAUUCGAGAGAAACUAAAGAUUGAAGUCAGCGUGCUCAUGGGGGCCAACAUCGCGAAUGAAGUGGCAGAUGAAAUGUUCUGUGAAACCACCAUUGGUUGUAAAAAUCCUGAUAGUGGGAAGCUUUAUAAAGAAUUAAUGCAAACCCAAAAUUUCCGAAUUACUGUGGUGGAUGACUGUGACACCGUGGAGCUCUGUGGUGCCUUAAAAAACAUUGUGGCUGUUGGGGCUGGCUUCUGUGAUGGCUUGGGCUUUGGUGACAACACCAAGGCUGCUGUGAUUCGUCUGGGCCUGAUGGAGAUGAUUUCCUUUGCAAAACUUUUCUGCAAAGGCCCUGUUGCAAUAGAGACGUUUCUGGAAAGUUGUGGGGUUGCAGAUCUAAUUACCACAUGCUACGGUGGACGGAACAGGAAGGUGGCAGAAGCGUUUGCCUGUGGGGGAAAAACAAUUGAAGAGCUGGAAAAAGAAAUGUUGAAUGGGCAAAAGCUACAGGGACCCCAAACAUCAGCUGAGGUCUACAAAAUCCUGAAGCAGAAGAAAAUGGUUGACAGGUUUCCGCUGUUCGUAAAUGUCUACCUGAUCUGCUAUCAAGGAAAGUCUGUCAAGGAGUUCAUCACAUGCCUGCAGAAUCAUCCACACCACAUGUAAGAUGAGGCUAUGGCUUACCCUAUACCUCUCUGCUCAAGGCUUCUGGCAGUUUCAUUCUGAUGAAUAAAAGCAAGCAAAACGAGAUAAUUUUUA